AUGCAAUCAAUAACAACAUUUCUGCUACUUCCUCUACUUUCCUUUGCUUCCCACUCCCUUUGUUUUGCUUACCAUUCCACUCUCCCUCUUCAUUUACCAGAAACUAAUGAAUCAAUUAAACCAAUUUCAUCAUUAUAUAAAUUAUUGCCAUCAGCAACAACAUCUUUAACAACAACAACAACUAUAUCUUCAUCAUCAACAACAACCACUGCUGUAGCAACAGAAUAUGCUGCAGCACCACUCACCUACUUGUUGACAUGA